AUGGCAUUCAACAGUCAAUACGACGGUCUUAACCUCACGCCGGCCUUCACCUUCCCGGAGGAUCAUUCGUACGGGAACGACCACUCUUUCAUGACCUCUGAAGACCCGCUCGCUCAGCCGCGCCAGCCGAAUCUAUGGACGCCGCAGGACAUGAUUGCUUUUGUCCAGGCUGGCCCAUCGCGUGCGCCAGUUGAACACGAAGAAGGUCCGGUUGCUGAGUACGCGUCAAGAUCCCUCUUCCCCUCUUUCGACAUCUGGGCCGAUAUGCCGGCGCCAUACACGACGUCGCAAGGGCCUCUGAACGAGAUGUCCGAGGGCUUGGGAACGGGAUUGGAGUCCUUUCAGUUCGAAUUCUCGGCGGAAGGCGGCCUCGCAGCGUCGCCAUUUGACGCCACGUAUAUUCCUUCCAACUUAUCGGCGCCAGGAGGAGGCUAUGCGAUGUCCUCAACAUCCCAGGCGACUGGCAAGGACGCCCUGUGCGGGCCCCUUCCUCUUUUCUCCAACGGUCAUUCCCAGGAGUGGCCUGUAGCGUCAUCCGUCUCGCUUGGGAAUGGGGGACAUCUUCAAGAUACACAGAUCGUUUCAUCGUCGACUGGAUUACCCCAUGUACCUCCCCCCGACCUCACCGCCCCUUCGUCGUCCGUAGCUCGUCACCUGCCUACCGCCGUCGCCACCGCAAGCAGAUCAUCCGUAGCUCAGCGAUCGCACACACAGGCCCCCAACGCCGUCGCAGGCCCCUCCCGAUCAGUUCAAAUCGCCCCGAGGGAGACGACGGUCGAGGCUGAGGCCUCUACGGCGACACAGCUUCGGAGGAGCGGCAGGAAGCGGACUGCCCCGACCACCAACUCCGCUGAGGGCGCGGUGCACUCUCUGCCCCGCACGAAGAAGCGGAAGGUCUCGGGUAGACAGACAGUGGAGCCUUCUCCAGCGCCGAGUACUGCGUCGACGUCGGCGUCAGCUUCAGGGCAGCAGGCAGUGAAGCACAAGCGUAAGCCUCAUCGGCCUCGCGGGGAAAUCGACGCGUUGCUCGUCCCGGACUUGCAAGACAACGAAUGCCCGGGAGAGGGUUGCACUGAGGUGCUGAACGCCUCGCGCCGCACCCAGAAUUUGGCGCAUCUAGAGACGCACUACUCCGAGGGUGCCCUUCACAGACCGGUCAAAGUACGGUGUCUCUGGUGCUCGGUCGACAUGAAUCUCGUUCCUGGGAACGUCAUGGUGGACCACGUUGCGCAGGAGCAUCUCCAGGCGAGAUACCGCUGCGCAUACUGGAACAAGGAGGGCGUACUUUGCCCAAAGACAUUCAAGAAGCCGGGGUACACAAACACCCAUAUGGUGAAAGUCCACAAAGCGCCUCACUGGAGCUCCGAGUUCCGCUCCACUCUUGCGGGGUCAACACAAUCAUGA